AAACACAUUGAGGGGCUCACAAGCUGGCCCCCAGCCAUCGUAACAUCGAGUUUUACUUCGGAUGCCCCUUCUUUUCUCAUACGUUUCGAUCCAUCCGUCAACUCUCGAUACUAUCCAAUAUCUGGCCCACUGCUUCGAAUUCCCCGAUCACCUCACUCCAAUUGUCGCCGGUCUCGGCGUCAUGACUACCAGGUGUCGUGUAUGACACUGCAUCCGCUGUCUCACAGCCUGCAUCUCGGACACAACGCAGGGAUCAUUGAGCGCCGCAAACCGCCGCCACAAUGGAUACCCCGUCGAACCAGUCCAACGGGAUUGGAAAGCUGCUGCCCAAGUCCAUCGCAGCAAAACGGCGGCGCAACAAGAGCUCGUCGACGGCCGAAACGGCAAGCAUUAGCGAUGAUGUUGCGUCGCAGCGAGGCGGCAUCGCCAGUCGCAGCACUUUCGGUAGCGACACCAACUCGCUCAACGGCAGCCUGAACAGCAACAACACCGACCCAGCUAUUGACGACUUUGACCGGGAAUCCAUCAACCGAAGGCCCACCGCCACCUCUACCAAUUCGUCACCAAUCGACCACUUGACGACGAAUUCCUCGCCGUUAAUACAGGUUUCACACAAUCCAGGACAGUUCGCUUCCGAUACGACGUCGCAGAAGUACACGCGGUCUCCCACUUUACCCCAGGAUAGCUCCGACAGCCUCGAGUCCGCCCCGUCCCUCGACCGGAGCCGGACGACACUCGGCCCUCCCGAACUCCGUGCGAAACGAUCCUCUAGUCGACUAAGAGACGUGUUUAAGCCGAAGAAAACCUCGAACGACGGAAAGAGCCCGACUUCGGAGGGAAAACCGGAAGACGCACCGGCAGGAGACCUCAAGAACGAGCUCAAGACCGAGCCCAAGACUGAGCCCAAGCCCUCGGUCGACCGCAGCCGACGCUUCUCGCGGGGCCAAAAGCUCGAACCGUUGAGGGUGCCACCUCGAACCCCGCCCGGGGACCCAGCAGCACCAGUCAUCGUGAACACACCGCCGACGCCGACUGAAACCCAGCCUGGUAUUGCAACGGCUACUGGCCCCCGUCGCCCCGCCGAUGCGGUUCUGGCGGAAGGCAUGAUCACCCAGAGACGGAGGGCAGGCUCCAAUGCUGGCCCAAGCAAGCUCUCUAGCGUGGCCGCCCCACCGCUGACGCCGACACCCGAGAACGGCCCGGCAUCGCCUGGCAACCCUGCUGCCACCUUUUUCUCUUCCAUGUUCUCGGCAGUCCAGAACACCGCCAACUCACUCUCCACCACAAUACCAGCCUUGGCCCAGGGCCCUCCCAAGAGUAGGGGGACACCGGUAAAAGAGCAGGCCGAGAGGGAGCUAGACAACGUCGAGGUGGAAUCCGUGGCCUCGCAACGACCGUCUACCGAGCCCAAGGAGCCGGCCAUCAAAACACUCGGCAUGGGUGACCUUAGUCUAAGCCAACUGGGCAUUGCCGACGCCCCAAGCCCCGCGCCGAGCCCUGUCAUUGCGCGCUUCUCCGACACCGAAACGCGAUCGAGAUCCGAAUCCGCACCACCGGAGCCCAAUAUCUCCGGCAUUGACCUUCCCGAGGACCCGAAUGCCUCCCGGCCGCGGUCCGUUCAGGAAGCAGCGGGGGGCGAGCGGACGACCCCGGCCGGCAGCGUUUACGAGGAUAAGACGGGAAUCCACCGCAGCGGCAGCAUACGCAGCGCUAUCGGCCAUCGUCGGAACCGCGGUAGUAGCAUUGCCACCCAUGGGACCACAGCCACAAGCACUAUCGGUGCUGCCAUUGCGGCCGCCAACUCCUCACUCGUGAACCCAAACAUCGGCGCCCCGAAGCUCACCGGGUUCGCCGUCGCCAACAAGAAGCGAAACCGCGAUUUCCACGUGCUAUUCAAGAGCGUGCCCGACGAUGACUACCUGAUUGAAGACUACAGCUGCGCCCUGCAGCGCGAGAUUCUUGCACACGGCCGCUUGUAUAUCUCUGAGGGCCAUCUGUGCUUCAGUAGCAAUAUCCUCGGUUGGGUCACGACGCUCGUCAUGAGCUUUGACGAGAUCGUCGCGGUCGAGAAACGCAGCACGGCCCUGGUGUUCAAAAACGGCCUCGAGAUUUCUACGCUGCACGCAAAGCACGUCUUCGCCUCGUUCGCCAGCCGCGACACCACCUACGACCUUAUUAUCAAAAUCUGGAAACUUGGCCACCCCGAGCUCCAGAGCUCUCUCAAUGGUGUCCGUCUGGAAGAGCCAGGCGGCGACCGGACCGAAAAGCUCGACGCCGAGACGGUAUCUGUCACAGGUACCCAGAGCAUUUCAGGGUCUGAGGAGGAGAGCGAGGAUGGAGAUGACGUCUACGACGAGGACGAGGACGAGGAGGACAGCCAAGCGGGCGGGCCUCUGUCUGAUGGCCCUGUUUCAGACUUCACCGAAAAGGCUGCCCCGCGCAAGGUCUCCGGCGGUGCAGCACCUCCCGAGAAACAGGAGGACGGCUCACCGGCGGCCGGUACCGAUUUCCCUGGCCCCGCGACACACGCACCCACCGACUGCGGCGAUGCGGCGACGCAUUACGAGAAGGUGUUGGGUGACGACGUCAUCCCCGCUCCACUCGGCAAGGUGUACACCAUGUUGUUCGGUCCCGCCUCGGCAACCUGGAUGGGCCGGUGGUUGACGACGGACCAAAAGUGCAUGGACCUUCAGAUGGAGGACAAGCGUGGCCUGACAGACGAGAUCAGGACGCGCAACUACACGUACAUCAAGCCGCUGUAUGCUUCGAUAGGGCCGAAGCAGACAAAGUGCGUCGUCACGGAGCAGCUCGAGCACAUCGACCUCGAGAAGGCCGUCAACAUCCUCGUCAGCACACAAAACCCCGACGUCCCGAGCGGCAACAUCUUCGUCGUCAAGACCAAGUACUGCCUUACCUGGGCGGAAAACAACGGUACCCGUAUCCAGAUCAACAACGUCAUAGAAUGGUCCGGCAAGAGCUGGCUGAAGGGUGCCAUCGAGCGCGGCGCAAACGAGGGCCAAGCCCAAUUCUGCAAAGACCUCUUCGCCGGCCUCAAGGCUGCCGUCUCGUCCCGCGUACGGUCCAGCACCAUGAACGGCGCUGCCGCCCGCGGCAAGAAACGUGGCCGCAAGGGCAAAUCCGCCCUCACCUCGAACCCCGCCAGCGAUGCCGAGGGCGCCUCCAAGGCCCUGGCCAAGCAGAGCUGGGGCCUCUUUGAGCCCGCGCGGCCCAUCCUCAGCCCCGUCGUCGACACCAUCCGGCCGAUCCUCACCGGCAAUGUCGUCUACGGCUUACUUGUUGGACUACUGGUCGCGUCCUGGUUCGGGUUCGGCACCCGCCAGGGCGCGCCGCGGUAUUCCCACGACCCGGCGUACGCCAACGCGCCACAGCGGCUGGCGGCGUACGAGGAGAUGUGGAGGAAGGAGGAGAGCGAUCUGUGGGAGUGGAUCGAGGAGCGCGCCGGCCUGGAGCGGCUCGGCGCCGACCCGCCGCUAAGGAAGCGGAGCGUUGAUCCGCGGACGGUGGAGGAGAAGCUGAGGGAGGAGAGGAUGGAUGAGCGGGAGUUGAAGGAAGCGAUACGCGUUACCGAGGAGCACCUCGAGGUGCUGAAGUCGGUGAUGGGGAAGGAGGACGCGGGGAGGUGACGGGGGGGGGGGAUCUUUUUCGACACAUUAUUACACCACACUACUACACUCAUUGCGGCGGGCGCCCAUGGCUGAUUCUCUUUGUUGUAUCAAUUCUGGGGGUAUAGGGUUUAAGGUAUCAUAAGCUGUGCAUAAGCGAACAAUUCUGACAUUUACUUGUUUGUCACCACUCUGAGCCCUCAUCUUGCACUUUCGAACAACUACCUGUUUCGUGACAAAUGAUCAUCGGUUGAUCGGGGAAACUGGGUAGUUAUGAUGCAACUGGAAGCCUCAUCACCGUUGAAUAUCAAACAAGU